GUUCAUUUUUUUCAAAAAAUAACAAUGCUUAUUUCCACCGACGAAAAGAAUGCAAGACCCGUCCCUUUGAAAAAAGUUGUGGUUGAAGCGUAUGUCAUCGAUAUGGUAGCAGAAGUAAAUGUCUUUCAGACAUUCGAAAACACAGAAAAAAAUAAAAUAGAAGCUAUUUAUAAAUUUAUGAUUCGCGAUAACUCGGCAGUUUGCGGGUUUGAAGCUACAAUAGAUAAUAACAAAAAAAUCAUAGGAAUAGUUAAAGAAACUGAACAGGCCAAGAAGGAAUAUAAUGAAGCUAUAAAACAAGGUCAUGGUGCUUAUUUACUUGAAGAACAAGAUUCAGAAGUAUUCAAAUGUUCUGUCGGUAACAUUAAUCCCGGACAACAAAUUGAGAUCAAAAUUAAAUACAUGACUGAACUUCAACACGAUGUAGAAACAGAUAGUGUUCGGUUCAUUUUGCCAGCUGCCAUUGCUCCAAAAUAUGGAUCGCAAAUUUUUAACCACAAAAAACUGCAUCUUUCCGACAAAUUUUCAUAUUCAGAUUAUUCUCCUCUCAAGUUUUCCAUAGUUUGUAGGAUGAAUUCGCCAAUUUGUAGUAUCAAAUCGCCUUCUCACAACAUUACUGAAUUAAGAAAUAAACCAAGUAUAUCUAAAGUAACUUUGGAUGAAAAUAUUUUUUUUUUAGAAAAAGACUUCAUACUUCUUAUUAAAAGUCAGGACAUUGAUAGACCUCGAGCAUUUAUCGAAUAUAAUCCUAUAACCGAGACCAACUGUUUAAUGCUUACUCUGGUUCCAACAUUCAAGCGUGGCUCAAUUAACCAUGAUUCAAUUAGUAUGGAAUUGAUAUUUAUCAUAGAUAGUUCUAGAUCCAUGAAAGGUAGAUCGAUUGAGAAAGCAUCCAAAGCUCUCCAAUAUUUACUUCUUUCUAUUCCAAAAAGUUGUUUCUUCAAUGUAUUAUCAAUUGGGAACAAAAAAUUUGAUAAUUUCUUUGAGGAAAGUCAACAAUGCACAAAAACAAAUAUCUCGAAAGCUAUCGAGAAAGUUAAAAAAAUCACUGCAAAGGGCGGCACUCACAUUUAUGAAACUUUAAAGUGGGUAUUUGAACAUUCACGCUCUGAUAUGCCAACAUCAAUUCUUUUGUUCUCAGAUUUUGAGACGUCGCAUGUAAACCAAAUUAUUAAACUUAUAAAAGAUAAUCAAGAAAAAAAACAUGAUUUAAGAAUAUUUUCAAUCGGAAUGAAUAAUAUUGUUUCACAUCAUUUCAUUGAAUCUAUUGUUCGAGUUGGUAAGGGAUAUGCACAAUAUGUGUCCGACUUAGAACAAAUGAACAGAAAAGCGAUGGCCAUGCUUAGGAAUUCAUUAAAUCCACCUAUCUCAGAUUAUGAAAUUACAUGGACUAUUGAGUCUAAUGGGGAAUCUCAGAAUAAUGGCCUCAAUGUUCAGCAAGUUCCGUCGAAAAUUCCAGAACUUUAUAUUGGCAUUCGUUUAAUAAUUUAUUGUAUUUUAGAAAAGGGUGUUAAACCAGGUGACAAAAUCACAUUAAAUUCAAAAUUUCAAGAUCCAUUAAUUGUUCCGUUGGAUCAACCUCAUUUGCAGGGAUCAAAAAUUCAUACACUCGCAGCUAGAAAACUUAUUCAAGAAAUUGAAUAUGGAAAUUAUUAUCCUAAUCAUGCAAACAAUAAAAAGUAUAUUCGUGAACAAAUUGUUUAUUUGGCAAAAUCUUAUAAUCUUAGUUCCAAAUAUACUAGCUUUAUUGCAGUUGAAACACAAAAUAUUGAAAAUCAUGAAAAAAAGAAGCAAGAAAUUGCGAAAAAACUUAUCAAAGAAAAAUAUCGAAUACCUAAAAUGCAAAAUGCAUUUGGAUUUGAAAAUGAACAUGAAAAAAAAUUGGCUAUAGAGAUUGAAAAACAAAAAAAUGUAAGCAAAAAGUAUAUGGAACUUAAAAAGGGAAGUGCAAAAAAAUUAUUAAUGGAAUUUGUGAGAGAACCCGAGAAUCAAGAUUCUAUAGAACUUGAAAUAAAAGAAAAAGCCAUGAUAAAUGAAAAAUUUAAAGAUCUUGAAAGGCAAAGAGAAGUGGAGUUAAAAAAAGAAAAAUUAAGAAAAGAAAACGAAAUAGAAAGACUAAAAAAAGUGGAACUAAAAAAACAACAUAAAAAGGAGAAAAUUGAUUUUGAAAAAAUUGAACUUAAAAAUAAAAUGCCUAAAACACUUCCUGAUAUAAAAACCACACCACUUAGUGGUAGCAGACCUACGAUUAUUGAGACUGUUAGUACGCUAAUACCACCUGAAGACGAUAGCAGCUCUGAACCGGACGGUUCAGAAUGUAGUGAAUUGGACGAUCCCAAGGAAGAAGUCGAUGACUAUACUCAAAUCGGAAAGGAAAAGAAAAUUACUAAAAAAAAUGAUAAAUUACCCUGGUUUCCAGAAGUUCUCAUUACCGUUGAAGAACCAGCCUCUCUAAGAAAUUACAAAGAAAAUAUCUCGAACCCAAACGAUGAUAGCCUCCAAUUUCCUUCGGGUGAUUUUUAUAUUAAGUCAGCUAUUUCAUUGUCUGAGGUUUCUACUUCAUCCACAUCCGCCCAGAACAUGGUAGUCGAUAUUAAACGUUGUUUACUCCUGUCUUGGUGUGUUGUCAAGGACGGAACAAAGGCCAUUAUCUCUCAACAAAAGAACGUUGAUCAAGAUGGCCAUCAACUUUGGCGUCACGAAGAUGGUCUGUUAAUUAAUAAGCAAACAAAUUUAUGUCUGGAAGUGGAAUCAGUGAAAGAGGGGAUUUGUCUCAGUGUUCACCAGAAAAGAAACUUAAAUCAUGCUGAUAAUCAGCAUUGGAUCCUUACCACUGGAGGAUGUAUUGCGCUAAAAAACAAUCCUAAGUUCGUGAUUAAAAUUCUUUCUAAAGGAACAACUGUAGGAAAUGGGUCACAUCUUACCCUCAUCAAUACUGAAUCUAAAAACUUUAAAGACGACCUUAGUUCUAAAUUUGUUAUUAUUCGUAAAGAGCAAUACCUUAAUGAGAUACAAAUAUAA